AUGCUGAAUCCUUUUCGACAAACUCAAUAUUCACCAGUUCUCUCUGAUCUUGAGUUGAGGGAGAAAAGUGAGAGGACUCUACAAGGUCGACAACUUCUACCGUCAAGGCUACUUGGCGUGGUAGUUCUUGGGGCUUUAGUUCUGGGGAUAUCUUUUUUCAGUGGUGUCAUUUUUGAGAAUCACUACCAUCGACAUCAAACUCUAGAUCGUUCUCAGAACAGAGAGCGUUGUAGCAAUCCCUCGACGCGCAGAGAGUGGCGGUCAUUUAGUGCGGCAGAGAAAUUUAAUUAUCUGAAUGCUGUCCAAUGCCUAAGAGAGACGCCAUCGAGAUUGCAUUCAAAUUAUUCAUUAUACGAUGAUUUUCCGUGGGUUCAUACCAAUGUUGGAAACUACUCCCAUAACGCCGCUGCGUUUGUUGCAUGGCACAGAUACUUUUUGCAUAGCUAUGAAAGAGCUCUGAGAGAAGAUUGCCACUAUACAGGAUACCUAAGUUAUUGGUAUUGGUCCCUUGAAUGGGAAAAUAUAACCAACUCCCCUGUAUGGGACAAUGAACUCGGCUUUGGCGGCAACGGAAAUCCAAGCUCAGAAGUCAUUGACUCACGUGGAAUCGGGCAAUGUGUUGUUGACGGUCCUUUUGCUCUACUAUCCGUCCCAUACAUCGGUUCUAAACACUCGCGGCACUGUUUAUCGCGCUCCUUCAACAUAACCGAUAGUUCGGAAUCAUUGAAGAUCAAGCCUUACAUGCUGGAUCAAUUGAUGGAUACAGAUGAUUACGAGAAAUUUAACUUGGGUCUUGAAAAUACUGCCCAUAAUUCAAUUCCCCAUAUGAUUCGAGGGGACUUCUCGAUGUUUACAGCUCCAUAUGAUCCUGUUUUCUUUCUUCCUCAUACGCAGCUUGAUAGACUUUGGUGGUUGUGGCAGCAGAAAGAUACUCAGAAUCGUUUGUAUCAAUACCGAGGUGUUGCGGCUUUUAAAUCGCUUGAGAAGGCCUCGGUCAAAGAUCUUCUGCUUAUGGGAGAGUUGGUUGCGGAUAUUGAAGUCAAAGACAUUCUUGACACGGAAUCGGGAAUAUUAUGUUAUAAUUACUAG